AUAUAGAGAGAGAGAGAGAGAUUUCAAUCUCUCUUUCCAUUUCAUCAUAGCUUCAAGCAAAUCUCUUCCUUGCGCAUGGCGGUUACUCAUCACGAAUUCCCUCCGAGAAAGCGACGGCCAUCCGCCGGAGCAUUCGUAACGCCGAAUCUUUCCGAUCGCCGGCUUCUCCAAUCGCUUCUCCAUCUCUCUCAAGAAAUUUCAUCGCGAAAACCGUCUCGUCUCCUUCUUCAUCGAUGCUCCGUUUCUCUGAUUCGUAAAACAAAGCUUCUAUCAGUUUUGUUAGAAGAGGUUUACCGGAAUUCACCGACCUGUUUAUCGCCGUCCGCCGCCUUAUGUUUCGAGGAAUUACAUAUUCUCUUACAGAGAAUCAACGCAGUCAUCGAGGAUUGCUCAAACGGAAGCAGGAUGUGGCUACUAUUUCUGACGGAAACGAUCGCGAGAAGUUUUCAUGAACUAACUAUUGAUUUAUCUACUUUAUUAGAUAUUCUUCCUGUUAAUGAUUUGGAAUUAAAUAUAGAUGUUGAAGAAUUACUUUCUCUGAUUAAAAAACAGUGUUCGGAAACGAAGAUCUAUAUUGAUGAUCUGGAUUCUAAUCUGAGAAGAGACGUUCUCAAUAUACUUGAUGAAAUCAAGCACGAGAUUGUUCCUAAUCAAACGAAGCUGAUUGAAAUCUUCAAUCGAUUGGAGAUUCGCGAUUCCGUAAGUUGCAGAGAUGAAAUCGAAGCUCUAGAAGAUGAAGUUCAGAAUCAGUUAGAAGAUAGAUUGAAAGAAGACGUAAUCGCGUUGAUCGGACUUGUUCGUUACGCUAAAUGUGUACUGUUUGGUGCUUCGACUCCACGAUCCGGCGGCCGGAGGCGCCGGAAACCAGCUUCCGACGUGAAUAUUCCGGCGGAUUUCCGAUGUCCGAUUUCUCUUGACCUAAUGCGAGAUCCUGUUGUCGUGGCUACAGGACAAACGUACGAUCGUGGAUCGAUUACAGCUUGGAUUGAAUCUGGACACAACACGUGUCCGAAAACAGCUCAGGUAUUAGCCCAUACAAAUCUCCUAGCGAAUAGUGCGUUGAGGAAUUUGAUUAGAAUAUGGUGCCGGGAGCAGAGGAUCCAAUUCGAUAUUCCAGAAGUAAACGAUAAAGUUAACGGCCUUAGUCAGAAUAAAACUGCUUUAGAGGCAACGAAAAUGACGGUGUUGUUUCUCAUCAAUAAAUUGACAUCUUCAAAUUCCCCUGACUCCGCCAAUCGUCUUGUUCAUGAGCUUCGGGUUCUUGCUAAAUCGAAUUCAGAUUGCCGGAGAUACGUUGGGGAAGCCGGUGGCUUACCGAUUCUGGUUAAAUUCUUAGGGUCUGAUCAUCCGAAUUUACAGGUUAACGCAAUAACAGCCAUUCUUAACCUAUCGAUUCUUGAAUCGAAUAAGAAGAGGAUAAUGGAGACGGAGGGAGUUCUCAACGGGGUAUUGGAAGUUCUUCGUUCGGGUGCGACAUGGGAAUCGAAGGGAAAUGCUGCUGCUACGAUAUUCAGUUUAACCGGGAUUCAUUCAAAUAGGCGGAGAUUGGGGAGGAAGACACGAGUUGUGAAAGGGUUAUUGGAUUUGGCGAAAUUGGGGAUUGGGAGUUAUAAAAAGGAUGCGUUAAUGGCGAUAUUGAGUUUGGCGGGCGAUAGGGAAGCGGUUGGGAAGUUGAUUGAAGGUGGGAUAGUUGAAAUGAUCGAGGAAUUGAUGGAUUCGGGGUUGAGGGAAGAGGCGGUUACGAUUCUUGAAGUGAUUGUGAAACGGGGUGGUGCUGCGGGUGUGGCAGCUGCGUAUCAUUUGAUUACGAAAUUGGCGAGGUUGAUGAGUGAAGGAAGUGAUAGGACGAAGGAGAGCGCUGCGGCUACAUUGGUGAAUCUUUGUAGGAAAGGCGGGAAUGAGGUUGUUGUUGAACUUGCGGCGGUGAGUGGAAUUGAGAGAGUGAUUUGGGAAUUGAUGGGAAUGGGAAUUGGGAGGUCGAGGAGAAAGGCGGCGUCUUUGUUGAGGAUUCUUCGACGAUGGGCGGUUGGUUUGGACUCGGAUUCGGCGGAAACUUGGCGGUUUUUAGUUCUUGCUUGAAACUAAAUUGCCGGGUAAAUUGAUUUGAAAAUAAUGAUAAUAAUUGAAUUUAUUGAUUUGGUUAGAGUUUGUGGGGGUUUUAAAAUGUAAAUAUCAAGUCUUUUUUUAAAAUGAGAUUGCUUCAUGUCUUUUUUAUUUAA